AUGUUUCCGAUCUUCGCUCAACGCACUGUCCUCGUCGUCGCCGGGUUGCCUACUGCUUGCUUUGCGGCGAACUCGAUGAUCAAUAACAACAAGAAAAACCUCAUCAAACCCAGCCCAUCUUCGACCUCUUCUCAACUGCGCUUCCCCAGUGUCGAGCGUAGCAACGGUGGGAUCUGA